AUGGGAGGAAAAGAUUCAAAGCCAGCAUAGCAAGAGCCUAAGGCAAAGCCAAACUGCGAAAAGCGUAAAAAGAGAUAGGAAGAAGAAGAAAAAUAGAUUGAAAGAUUUGGUUAGGAGACCGCUCCUCACCUUAUGGUGAUUGAGUUCUGUGGAGGAUGUGGGUUCUAUAGAUUUGCAGCAUCAACUGCUGAGAAAGUUGAGCAGAAUUAUCCUGGACAAUUUUAUGUUGAAUUAAGGCCAGAUUAAGAUUAGACUGGCAGACUGGAGAUCACUGUUUUCAUCAAUUAGGAGGACAAAUAGAUCAUUGAGAUAGACAAAGGCACAAACGUACAUUCUAAGGACGGUGGCCACGAUAUUCCAUAUAAGGAUUGGGAUGGAUUCUUUAGUAGAGUUGACAAAGCAAUUUUAGAAGCAAAUAGGCAAUGA